UGUACUCUCCACAUUAUCGUCUCUUCGAGACAAGCUGCUUAGCGCCACAGUUUACCUCCUCUGUCUGUCUUUGGUUUGACGUUUCUUCUUCUUCUUCUUUCUCUCGUUCUUUCUCUCUUUAUUUUCAAAUUUUCUCCAGCUUUCUCUCCGAUUCCGUGAUUUGUCCCCCCGGUAUUUUUCCUUGUAAAAUUUCAGGAAUACACGGAAAAAGAAGCCAUAUUUGGUAAGAUUGGUAGGUGGGUAUCAAAAAAACACGCAGAUUAUAGAAAACUAGAUACACCAGUUGUUUUUGUUUGUUUACCAAGAAAAUAAAGUGGACAACUUUACGGCUUACAAGCGAAGAGAUAACGGAUACGAUGAAUGAAUUCUUCAAGACUUAGCUCGACCAAGUGGGCGUAUCUUUUGUCGGUUUUCGUUUCAACCCAGAAGAGAAAACUUAAGGGUAAUCUCUGUCUGACUUCAGUCAAACACUGCCAGCAAUCCUGACCGCUGAUUCAUGGAGAACACCGGAAGUUAUUCGUUUCUGCGUAGCAGGAGAUUGGAGAGCUUCUUAAAUACAAAUGGAAAUCCAACCGUGAAAGAAACCCCAAAAGCUUUGACCAAGAAAGAAGAAACAGAGCGAAGGGGUAAAGCCAAGGAGUAUGUUGAUGAUGAUGGAUGGUUGAUAGGGUUUGUAUCCUGUGUUAGGAUCAUAACUUGUUUCCUAACAAUGAUGGUUACAACAUUUAUAUGGGCACUGAUUAUGCUUGUGCUUAUACCAUGGCCUUAUGAGAGAAUUAAACAAGGAAAUAUCUAUGGUCAUGUAACUGGCAGAUUGCUGAUGUGGAUUUUGGGGAAUCCUAUGAAGAUUGAAGGUUCAGAAUACUCAAAUACCAAGGCUAUAUAUAUCAGUAAUCAUGCAUCUCCUAUUGACAUCUUUCUCAUAAUGUGGUUGACACCCACCGGCACUGUCGGCAUUGCAAAGAAAGAGAUUAUAUGGUACCCCCUAUUUGGGCAGCUAUAUGUAUUGGCUAAUCAUCUCAGGAUAGAUCGAUCAAAUCCUUCUGUUGCCAUUCAAUCUAUGAAAGAGGCAGUUAAAGCUGUUCUCAAGAAUAAACUGUCCCUAAUUAUCUUCCCGGAGGGUACCAGAUCGAAAAAUGGGCGUUUGCUCCCUUUUAAGAAGGGUUUCAUUCAUUUAGCACUGCAAUCUCGUCUUCCUAUAGUUCCGAUGGUCCUAACCGGAACCCAUCUAGCUUGGAGGAAAGGUAGCCUCCACGUCAGGCCUGCACCGAUAACUGUUAAGUAUCUUCCUCCUAUAAACACCGAUAAUUGGACAGCAGACAAGAUCGACGACUACAUAAAAAUGGUACAUGACAUAUAUGUGGAGAACCUCCCAGAGCCUCAAAAACCACUUGGGUUAGACAGUUCAAGAAUGAUGAACAAGAUUGUUGAUUGAUCUUGGGGGCAGGAAGGUGUGGGG